GUUUUCAUCUCAUUUUCUCUAUUAAUUUUGCGAUGGUUUUCACGGAUAAAUUACCUGGAAGUUUUCGCGUUGCAACGGUCCUUGUUGUAAUCUCUGUUAGCCAUAUUUAAUGUUUUUUUUUCAUGGCAUAAAAGCAAGUAUCAAAAUUAUAUUAUAACUAGUAGUCAAAGUUCUUUUUGCAAAAAUUCAUAAGGGGAACAGAAUAUUAAGUAGAUUUUAAAAAGCUAAAUUCAGGAAAGUGUUUCGAACUAAAAAUUAUUUCGUUUUAGUGAAAGUGUUGAUUUGUUGAUAACAGCUUUACAGUGGCUGCUGUGGUGAUGGAGCAUUGUGCUAAUUGCGAAGCAACGAUCCUGGCACUCAUAAGGUUUAUUUGAGAAACUUUCUUUAAAAAUUCGUGAUACUAUAAAAAUUAGUCGCUGAAGGGGUCGCAGAAUUGAAUGGCCAGAUAUUAUAAGACAAAUUAUUACAAAUUGUUUUGUUUUCAGGUAAAUGCUCGAUGUAUGCACUUCACAUUUACGUCUGCUGAAUGUGAGAAUAGUGAAAAGAAAACUUUUUCAUUGUGUUUUGGCGAAGAAUGGUGGGCCUUGUUGAAUCGAAUUUCUAAAUAUGAUACCCUACAUCGAAAUUUGAGCUAAGUCUUUGCUCAUUUUCAGUUUAAGUCAAUAGAACGACGCAAGAUUGAAGAAAAAGUAACAGAAAACGAAACGGAUAAGAAAGAGAACAUGAGCCUGUCGCCAAACAACAGUCUUUCUGUGAACAGUGCGCGCGGAAUCGACACUGCGAAAAAAGUGCCACUUGGACCUGGUCGAUCGCUCAUGGAUUGGAUCAGAAACGCACCUAAGCGUACUCCUAGAGCGACUGAAAUCACAGAAGAGGAAUUGGCCAAUCACAACUCAGAGAAAGACUGUUGGCUCGCAGUCAGAGAUGUAGUGUAUGACGUCACAGCAUACAUAGCCUAUCACCCUGGAGGUCGCGACCAGAUCAUGAGAGGCGCUGGAAUAGACGCUACUGCAUUAUUUAACAAGUACCACCCAUGGGUGAACGUAGAAAACAUGCUGAAAACGUGCAUCGUCGGCAAGUUAUCAUUUAUGAAGUCAUCAUUUAAAAUGCCAUUUGCAAUGAAUUCUCUCACGGCAACUUCAAGUUUACCACGGGAAGCUUUUUCUAAACCUUUUUUUGACUGGAUGCAGGAUGACAAAUUUGUUCGGUUAUUCGUCACAAUUAAUCAGCAGGAUGUUGUGAUUCGCAAAGAGCACGUUACGUUGCUGCACGAGGAAGAAACAAACGAACUUCACGUUUAUGUUUUCAUCGAACAAAAUUGUUACUCCUUGGGGUACAAGUUAUCUAGUCCGGUCAAAUCUAUAAGCUUCGAUUUGGAGAAGAACAAAAACGUCAAAAUAAAUCUAGAAAAGGUUGAAUCAACAAGCUGGAAGAAUGUCGGUAGUGCACUGAAAGACAAUAAAUCGUUUCAUAAAACUGAACUAGUUCAGAACAGGAAAUUUCCAGUGUAUUUGACCGAAAAAGUCCAAAUUAACCACGAUUGUUAUCUGUUCACAUUCCAACACAGUCCAAAAAGCAUUGCGAGGAUUCCGAUAGGCAGGCACGUACACAUCUUACUGCCGAACAACCAAUCAUUGAUAAGGCCCUACACACCGGUGCCCAAAUCAGUCGCAUCAAAAGCGGGUCAAGAUGGUAAAGAAACAACAUUUUUAGUGAAGAUAUACAAAGAUGGAAUGUUUACUCCUAGUCUAGAAAGUCUGAGUAUCGGAGACAAGGUUCUCAUGAGUUUGCCAGAAGGACUGUUUGACCUGAGUGUUGUGAACGACGCCGUGACAAUCACUCUAUUUGCAGCCGGAACUGGAAUCACGCCAAUGCUGGGAAUCAUACACUAUUGCAUGUUCGAACAGUUCCUAGAACUCAGAACAGUUAAGCUAAUAUUCUUCAACAAAACCGAGGAAGAUAUCGUUCUGAGAAGAGAAAUGCAAUCCUUAGCUCUCAAGUUCCCUCGCAACUUUAGUAUCACAAAUGUUCUCUCUAACCCGCCAUCGACCUGGGAAGGAGAGUCCGGCAGGAUAUCUGAUUCUUUGGUGAAGCAAGUCGCUCCAGAAAUUGCAGCCGACAAUGAUAGUUUAGAGCGCAAUGAGGUUCUGUAUGGCGUAUGUGGACCAAAAGCUUUCACUGACCUAGCUGUAGAGAUUUUAAAGAAAUUAAAUGUUCCUAGUAGUAGUGUAUUUCCUUUUAGAGGAUAAAUCUAGUCAUACUUAUAAUAAAGUUUUUGAAACCAUCUAUAUCUAUUUAUCUAUAUCUAUCUAUACUAUAUUUAAAUGCGUGUGACACAUAUCUUGCCACGUUUAAGCGUUUUUUGCAACAGUUAAGGGCAUAACGUAUCUAUGCGUUGUUAAGCUAUAUCGUAUCUAUGCGUGGUUAAGCUAUAUCGUAUAUUGCAAUGCUAAAGAUUUUUUUCGAUUUUACAAUUUGAAUCUAGUGUUUGUUCCACCGAGUUAAAAGUUAGCAGCACAAUUGUGGGGUGCUGUCAGAGUUCCCUCAGGGGUUGCAAACUUGGUCUUCAAUAAUGAAUGCCCAAAUCCUUUUAGUGUACGAGAUACGACCAUUUUUGUGAUUUUAUCAAAACGUUUCGGAAAACUCAAUUUAGAAAACUUCAAAUUCCCAACCCUGUAUUUGGGUGCUGUCAGAGUACUCUCAAGGAUUGUGAAUCUUGCCUCCAAAUAUGACUGCUCAAAACCCUGAAGUUUUCGAGAUCUGACGUUUUUUUUUUUGAUUUUUUCAAAGAAUUUUCAGAAAAUUUAGUUUAAUUUUUUUCUUCAAAUUUUGAAAUUUCCUUCCUAAUAAUGGCGGGGCUCCAAGAAUAUUCUCACGGGCUGCGAAUCUUGCCUCGAAAUAUGACUGCUCAAUUUUAAGUAAUUUUUGAGAGAUGACAUUUUUUGCGAUUUUUCAAAAAUGUUCAGAAAACUUUCAAUUGUUUUUUCAAUUUUUGUUGGGUUUUGUCAGCGUACUCGAGGGGGUUGCGAAUCUCGCCCCCACAUUUGAUUUCUCAAGUCUGUGUUAUUUUAGAAACAUGACGUUUUUUUAUAAUUUUUUACUCAUAAAUUUGAAAUUCCUCAUCCUGUAGUUGGGUACCGCGAGAAAUUUUGCAUCCAAAUGCGACUGCUCAAAUGCUUUUAGUGUCAAAGAUGUGACGUUGUUUUAAUGUCAAUUUAAAUUUUUUUGAAGAAUUUGGAUAAAAAAACUUCGGCAAAAUUUGAAAUUACGAACCCUGUUAUUGCGAGCUGUCAGAGUACUCUCAAAGGUUGCAGAUCUUUUUCUUAAGAUAUGCAGUUUUUUUUAAGAGUUCUCAAAAAUUCGAAGUUCCGGAGGUGCGUUAAAGGCUAGUUUUAUUGAAAUCUAUGGGCUCCUUGAUACAUGAACCACAACUUGAAAUUGAAUUAAUCACUAGGCGAUGUCAUAACCUGGGCUUAGAUAGAACACAUUCUUUUUUGAGGUCAUAAUGAACCUUGGGGAACCUU